CCCUCCGGGUUUACGACGGGCAGGAAAGCAGCGCGGUGGCGGCGCCGGGCGGAGCCGGGCCAGCAUGGGGAAAAUCGCGCUGCAGCUCAAAGCCACGCUGGAGAACGUGACCAACCUCCGGCCGGUGGGCGAGGACUUCCGGUGGUUCCUGAAGAUGAAAUGUGGCAACUGCGGCGAGGUCUCAGACAAGUGGCAGUACCUUAGGCUGAUGGACAGUGUGGCCCUGAAGGGAGGCCGAGGCAGCGCCUCCAUGGUCCAGAAGUGCAAGCUGUGUGCCAGGGAGAACUCCAUAGAGAUUCUGAGCAGCACCAUCAAACCAUACAAUGCUGAAGACAAUGAGAAGUUUAAGACGAUCGUGGAGUUUGAGUGCCGGGGCCUGGAGCCAGUGGAUUUCCAGCCCCAGGCUGGCUUUGCUGCCGAGGGCGUGGAAUCCGGGACGGCCUUCAGUGACAUUAAUCUGCAGGAGAAGGACUGGACUGAUUAUGACGAAAAGGCUCAGGAGUCGGUGGGAAUCUACGAGGUCACCCACCAGUUCGUGAAAUGCUGACCUCCAUUUCCUGCACCCUUGCCUGUCAGAACUGAGAAAAGCACCCGAGGCUGGACCACUCCUCCCUCUGCCCCUGGCAGCCUUGCGCACCCUCGGGGCCUGCAUGCUGGACUGGUUCCCACAAUAAAGCUUGUGGUUGUGCUGCC